GUUUUUCUUCCUAGUCCAGUUCAGGUCCAAGAAAACACAACAGUUUUGUUAGAGAUUUCUCGCAGUAAUAUCUAUUUAUGCAACCACCAAAAAAAAAAAAAAAAAAACUUCAUACGAUCAUCCAGUAUCUGAGCAUUUAUGAGACAAACCAAAUCCAAACCUACGUCAAAAUCCAAAAUUAUCUAAAAGGAGUAAUUAUAUGCGAUUUUCAGCUUGAUCCCUGAUUACCCAUUUGGGAAGUUAUCAAAAGGAACUCAGUACCGGAUAAAUUUAGGGUUUAUAUUGGGCCCUUUAAUCUGGUCUCCUGCUGAUUCUUCUGUGUACCUUUGAUUUGUGCAAGCAGUGUUAUAUUACACAGGUGUUCGUGAGCUCGCUCAGCUUCAGAAUUAAAUGGGUCGCUCCCGUGGGAAUUUCCACUCUGCCGAUGAGGACCCCACCCAAAGAUCAAGGAGAAAAAAAAAUGCAUCCAGCGGUGAAAAUUCAGAAUCUGCUUCUGCAGGUCAAGGAACAAGUGAAGGGAAGAGGGCUUUAUACCACUGCAAUUAUUGCAACAAAGACAUUACUGGGAAGAUCCGAAUCAAAUGUGCCGUAUGCCCUGAUUUUGAUCUGUGUAUAGAGUGUUUUUCUGUUGGGGCUGAGGUGACACCUCAUAAGAGCAAUCAUCCUUACAGGGUUAUGGACAAUUUAUCUUUCCCUCUUAUUUGCGCUGACUGGAAUGCAGAUGAUGAAAUACUGCUACUAGAGGGAAUUGAAAUGUAUGGCUUGGGUAAUUGGGCAGAAAUUGCUGAGCAUGUGGGGACUAAGAGUAAAGAACAGUGUAUAGAGCACUAUACAAAUGUAUAUAUGAGCUCCCCAUACUUCCCUCUUCCGGACAUGUCUCAUGUUGUUGGAAAAAACAGAAAAGAGCUUCUUGCUAUGGCUAAAGGACACAGUGAGGACAAGAAAGGAUUUCCCAUGAUCGGGGAGCUUAAUUUGAAGGAAGAAUCUCCGUUUUCUCCUUCAAGAGUCAAAGUUGAAGAUUCACAUAAAGGUGGUUCCGCUGGACGCUUAUUGUCUAGCUUAACUGCUGAGGUAGAAUCUGGGGUCCGCUCUAGUGGCUCGAGUGCAGCAUCAACAGCAGCUAACAAGAAGGCAUCUAACAUAGCCCAGGUUAAAGAUGGCAAUGGUGUUGUUAAAUUGGAAGAUCCCCAAGCAGAUAGGAGCUUUGGAGGGAAGAAACCAAACUCUUCUGGAAAUAAGGGUCCUUCUUUAGUUGAGUUGAGUGGCUAUAACCCCAAAAGGCAUGAGUUUGAUCCUGAGUAUGAUAAUGAUGCUGAACAGUUAUUGGCUGAGAUGGAAUUUAAGGAUACGGACACAGAAGAUGAACGUGAGCUGAAGUUGCGAGUGUUGCGUAUCUAUUCAAAGAGGCUUGAUGAGAGAAAGCGGAGGAAGGAUUUCAUACUAGAAAGAAGUUUGUUAUAUCCAAAUUCUUUCGAGAAGGACUUAUCACCUGAAGAGAGGGCAAUCUGUCGGCGGUAUGAUGUCUUCAUGCGUUUUCAUACCAAAGAAGAGCAUGAGGAUUUGCUUCAGACUGUUAUUGCAGAGCAUCGGACGCUAAAAAGAAUUCAAGAACUUAAGGAAGCCCGAGCUGCUGGUUGCCGCACUUCAGCCGAGGCUAAUAGAUACCUUGAACUGAAAAGGAAAAGGGAAUCUGACGAAACUGCUCGUAGAACAAAGGAAAGCGCUCAGAUUGGUCUAAGCAGUCAGGCUGGUCCAAAUACGUUCAUGGCUUCAGAGUCUGUUGGCAAGGAGUUGAAUUCCAGACCAGUAGGACAGGCUGCGUCAAGCUCUGUGAAUGAUUUGGAUAUAGGGGGCUCUCAUGGGGCAGAUCUAUUGUCUGAAAGUGAGAAACGGCUAUGCAGUGAGAUUCGGCUGCCCCCACCUCUUUAUCUUAAGGUGCAAGAAGUGAUGUCAAUCGAAAUAAUCAAUGGUAAUGUUACUAAGAAAUCCGAUGCCCAUCACCUGUUCAAGCUUGAACCUAGCAAAAUUGACAGGGUUUAUGACAUUCUUGUGAAGAAGGGGAUUGCUCAGCCAUGAAACCAUCUCACGCGUUACAUUUCAAUAGUAAUUUAUUCCAUUUAUGUAACUUUUUUUCUCCUGGAAAUUAAAAGCAUGCUAUAUCUUUGCUUGGCCUAUUCUUAAAUGAUUCAUAGUUAAUCGGUGAUAUUCAAAAGGAUUUCGGAAAUGUGUACCUAUUCAGAUUUGAGUUGAGUUGUGUUACAGAAGGGAAGACUAAUGUGGCCCGACAGCUACAUAUUUUAGAGUUA